GCCGCCACCGUAGCUGCCUGCUGAAAAGGAACUGCGCAGCGCGGCUGCUUCAGGAAAGGGGCUGUCUGCGGGGAAGCCAGCACACAAACCUGGACUUUUACAAAUAACCACCAUCUCCUCGUAAACAUCUCCUAAGAUGACAACGGCCAGCAUUUCUCCUCUUUUCGACAGUGAAUUUUCCGACAAGACCAAGAUGUUGAACUACAACCAGGUGUGUGCCGGCGCUGGCAGCCAUGUCAAUUCAAGCCGUUACAAGACAGAGUUGUGCCGGCCCUUUGAGGAGAACGGCUCCUGCAAAUAUGGAGACAAGUGCCAGUUUGCCCACGGCAUGCACGAGCUGCGCAGCCUGACCCGCCACCCCAAGUACAAGACUGAUCUGUGUCGUACUUUUCACACCAUUGGAUUCUGUCCUUACGGCCCGCGCUGCCACUUCAUCCACAACCCUGAGGAACGCCGUGGGCCCCCGGCACUCCCGGCCUUCAACAAAAUGGGGUGCCCUCGCCUCCAGCACAGUUUCAGCUUCGCGGGCUUCCCCAGUUCCAGCAGCUCACAAGAUAGCCCCACCUCGGUCACCCCGCCUCCCGCUCGCUCCACGGAAGACCUGACCGAGUGGUCCAGCAAUCCGUUCACCGACUCAAGGCAAGAGAUUAGCAGCCUGUUUGGCCCCAGUUGGGGGCCUCCUUCUGCCUGCGAGCCUCAGCUUCCAGCCCCACUUUCCCCCACCAUCCCUUGCUUUUUCCAGCCAGCCUCAGAGGGCCCUCCUAGCUCUCUCAGCUCUUUGUCUGACCAGGAGGGUUACCAGAGCAGUCUUGGCAGUCAGAGUGAUUCCGAGUCCACCCUCCUGGAUGCAUCCCGCCGGCUUCCCAUCUUCAGCAGGCUCUCUGUUUCUGAUGAUUAAGAUGAUUUCUUUAUGGAGUGAAAAGAGGAAGACGGCUCCCCUCCUCCCCUCACUUCACAGCUCUGUUUACAGAACGACUGGGAUCACAAAAUCAGAUGCCUUUUGACAAUUUCACCUUUUUUGUACCCCUUUGAAUUGCAGUCGAAUCGAUUUAACAAAAUGAACAAUUACUAACCCAGUAUCGUGUCCAUGCGCAAUGCCCACCCCCCCCCCCCCCCCCUGGCUGGUGCCAUGUUGAAAUGAAUGUGAACCAUUGUGGAAUGUAGCUCCGAUUAUAAAGCAGUAAAACGCACACUCUGCAUUGGAAGCAGCAGUAAUGAGCGAGGGCAGCGUGUGAGCUGCAUGUGUUGCAGUGUUGCCAUUCUCCAGGCAGCCAUUGCCUGUUGCCACAACUUUUUAAACCUCCCUCUUAAAGCUCAGUGUUUAAUUUAUAAGGAUCACCUCAGCUAAGUGAACAAGAGGACAUCAGUAGAGAUUAUUUUGUUUCUUUCUUUGUGUGUGUGUGUGUGCGUCUGUUCAAGCCAACAAUCCUCCUCACCAAACCUUGUUUCUUUAAAAAAAAAUGCUGAGGCUGCAAUCCUGUAGAUGUAUCGUGAACGACUACCAUCGAGCGUCAUUUAUGUCGAUUUCCGAGGAAUUUGAUUUGAUACUUGCGUCACUAGUAGUUUGCCAUGGCUUAUGUUUUGAUGACUUUUCUGAUCACUGAGCCCCCGUGAUGUCAAUAAGAAGUGGGCGUGUCAUCAUGUUAAGCAGAAGGUACAGCCUCUUAGUUUUCAUUGAAGUUUCAUUCCUACAUUUUGAGCAAUCGCUUAUGGUCUCUCAUUCAUUGAGGAGACAGAGAGACCCUGUCUUAGUCGAUGUCUUUGUCAGCCCAAGUGCUUUGGUUGAUUCCCCAUGUUCAUAUCUAUUGUAUAUUUAUAUUAGUAUCAUUAUUAUUAUUGUCUAGUUUAUUCCAUAAAGCCCUAAGCGUAUUUGGUUGUCACUGCUUAUUUAACAAUUUCUAUUUAUUUCUGAUCUUAAGCAUUUUUACGUUGUAUUUAUCUGUUGACGGAAUAAUAGUAUAUAUUUUCUUUUGUUAAAUUAUGAUCUUCCAUAAUCGUAAGAUUGUGAAAUGAUUUUUUUUCUUUUUUUCUACAGUAAUAUAUUACACUGCAAUGACAUUUGUUUUUGUUCUACUUUGUUUUGGAAAGUUAAUCUCAAUUGAAAGCGAAGUGCACAAAAGUAGCAUUUUUAUUUAUCUCUUGCUCCUCCCAUGUGUUGGACUCCAGGUGGAUUUUUUUUUUUUUUUUUUGGCAGUCUGAAGGCACAAAUGUCUCAGUCAUGAGCACAUUGUGCAGGUGGUGUUCAGGCUCUAUUACCACAGUUGGAAGUUUGCACUAAAUAUUUGGGAAACAUUCUUGUGCCUCUUGACAUGAAUCUACAAUCGAGAACAAUAUCUUCUACAUUUGCUAACAGAGGUUGUAUAGAUGGUAAAGUGACCAAUGCUAGAGAAUUUUUAUUUUAUUUUAAAUGAGUCCAGUUUACUUCACCACCUGCAUUGGCAAAUGUUGCUUAGUGUUCUAAGCCUCUAGAAUGUAGACUGGUUCUGCAACAGUCCUGUCCUCAUAUCAGUCAUUUUGAAUCGGGAUUUAUGUCAUGUGAUGCGUCUCGGAGUCAGUCAGGUGAUUAGAGAAACAUCUCAGCUAAUAUUGAGAGUAAAACAAGCUUGCCUUUUUUUUCCUCCUCACUCCCGCACAGACGUACUAGCACUUUUUGUCUCGAUAAUGAUGUAAAGGUUAUUUUUGACCACUCUUUCCCAUGAAGUGCCUAAAAAAAAAAAAUACAUUCCAGGUUUCCCAAUUUUCGUGCCUUCCUAUUUUUAUGGUAUGAAUGCUAAAAACCUAAAAUGUAUUCCUGUAGGUAAGAGGUUAACAGCAUUGGAAUUCAGCUGCUGUUGUUCACUACAGUAGUGUAUUUAAUGGUUUAUUUUGUGAUGACAGAUUGCAGUUAAAACCAAUAAAAAGUUGUUUAUA